AUGCCCCGCAAUAGCACCAGCACGACGUACUCCAACAUCGCGACGCCAACGUCGGCCAUUCCCUCAUCAACGGUGCCGUGGCCGCGUACCUUCACCGACGGCCUGCCGCUGCCGAAGCUGCUCGUCUUCGACCUCGACUACACACUCUGGCCCUUUUGGGUCGACACGCACGUCACGCCUCCGCUGAAGGCCGAGGUGGGAGGCCAAAAGGUCAAGGAUCGGUAUGGCGAGCCGUACGGGUUUUAUAGUGAAGUUGGAGGCGUGCUUGUGGCGGCACACGACAAAGGCAUCAAAAUAGCGGCGGCGUCGCGCACGCACGCGCCAGAGCUGGGCCGGGAGAUGCUGUCGUUACUGCGCGUAUCCACCGGCAGCGGCAGCGAGGAGACGAAGGGUGGUGCGGGCGGCGGGAGCACCGAGAAGGCCAUCUCGUUUUUCGAUUACCUGCAGAUCUUCCCUGGCAGCAAGACAACGCAUUUUGCGAAGAUACACGAGGCGAGCGGGAUCGAGUACGAGGACAUGCUAUUCUUCGAUGAUGAAGCGAGGAACAGGAAUGUGGAGACGUUGGGGGUGGUCAUGUUGUUGGUCAGGGACGGGGUUACGAGAGAUGAGGUGGAUAGGGGUGUAGAAUUGUGGAGAAAGAGGAACAAGAAAGCUUAG